CAGCUCGCUCCGGCUAGCACCGGCCCGGGGCCACCCCCGUCCCGCCCACGCAAAGCCGGGGUACCCGAGGUUCUGCGCCGCGCCCCUCCGCACUCCUGCGAACAUGGCGCUGCUCGCGGCGCGGAGCGCGCGGGCCGCAGUCUGCAGCCUGCGCGCCGUCUCUGCGCCCGCCGCACCCUGCCUGCCGCGGCCUUGGGGGCUGCGGGCGGGCGCCGUCCGGACGCUGCGCACCGGCCCGGCCCUGCUCUCCGUGCGUAAAUUCACAGACAAACAUGAAUGGAUAACGACAGAAAACGAUGUUGGAACAGUGGGAAUCAGCAAUUUUGCACAGGAAGCUUUAGGAGAUGUUGUUUACUGUAGUCUGCCUGAAGUUGGGACAAAAUUGAACAAACAAGAGGAGUUUGGUGCUUUGGAAAGUGUGAAAGCUGCUAGUGAACUCUAUUCUCCUCUAUCUGGAGAAGUUACUGAAAUUAAUGAAGCUCUAGCAGAAAAUCCAGGACUUGUCAACAAAUCUUGUUAUGAAGAUGGUUGGCUGAUCAAGAUGACACUCAGUAAUCCUUCAGAACUAGAUGAACUAAUGAGUGAAGAAGCAUAUGAGAAAUACAUAAAAUCUAUUGAAGAGUGAAAAUGGAACCCUUAAAUAAACUAGUUUGAAACAACUUAAUCUAGCAUAGUUGUCUUAAAUUAGUGGUGGAUAGAAGAUUUUUAAAAAGCAGCUUUUAGUAAAAGAAACUACUUGCAACAAUGUUACCAGAAGAAAAAUACCCCUUAACUAACAGCAUCAGAUAAAUACUAUGCUUUUUCAAA